AUGGACAAGAAAAGUGCCAAUGGUGUUCAGACCAAGAGCAGUGAGGCGGGUGUUCAGAGAAAGCAGCUGCCCUACUCUGUGGAGACUCCUUAUGGCUUCCACUUGGACCUGGACUUUCUCAAAUAUGUUGACGAUAUUGAAAAAGGCAACACUAUUAAAAGAGAGACCGAGACAGAGCCUUAUGAAAGAGUGGAUCAGGGGACGGAUACGGAGAAGAUCUGUAUAGAAGUCUGUCUACCCCAACCACCAGCUGAAAGCAAAGAGAUAGGAGUAGAGAUAGGAGGAGUUCAGGAGGAGAGGGCCAAUCACAGAAAGAAGGAGGCGAAACGCAGCCACUUCGAAGGGGAUCCAGUGAAGCAGCCCAGCGUCGCGGUUCAGGAGAAAGCCCGGGUUCGCGUCGGGACAGUGGAGAGACACAACGUAAAGGGUCAAGCGAUUCUCCUACGUCGCCAGCCGCCUUAG